GCUGAUGCCAUUUCAAGAGGUGAGAACAAGUACCACGUUGAGAUUAAACUCUGUGAAAAUGCUGAUCAAGUUGUAGCAGUUGGUUCCAAGCUGGCUGAAGCUUUCUCAGGUUAUCUUCGGUCUUGUGGAAAGGAUCAAGAUGUGCUCAGUUUUACCCCAGGCAUCUUCUCUGAGUUUUCUGGUGUAAAGCAAGCCACUGAAGAAAGAAAAACAUUCAGUGUUUUAGUGUUUGGACGUGAUGAAAUUGAAAACUUUCAGCUCAAAGGAUAUGACAUUGCUGCUCGCGCCAUUGCUAAGUUGAAAGACGAGCCACAGCCCUAUAAGCUCUUGUUUGUUGGAUCUCCAAGUGGCGAAGUUGAAAAAGUAAAAGAUUUGUUACUCCAGCAAGGCAUUGAUCGCAGUCAACUAACUGUGCGUUGUUUUAAUGAAAGCAGAGAGCAGCUAGUUCGGUUGUUUUGUGAGGUAGAUCUUGCUAUAAUGCCAUCACGAACUGAGGGCUUUGGUCUAGCUGCCCUUGAGGCUUUAUCUGCUGGUCUGCCUGUGCUGGUCAGUGGGAACUCUGGCCUUGGCGAGGCUUUGAAGAAAGUUCCGUUUGGCCUUGGGUUUGUUGUGGAGUCAGAAGAUCCUAGAGAUUGGGCCCAGGCAAUCAAAGGUGUCUGUCACAAAGACGGAGAGAUACGACUUAGAGAGUGUGAAGUUGUAUGUGCAGCAUAUGCAGAAAAGUACAGCUGGAAGGACCCGUGUUAUAAACUUGUUGAAGGGAUGAAAAGUAUCACUUUAGAAGGUAAGUCUAAACAGUUCCAUGCAUGUAUUGCCCAUAAGCCUUCUUAACAGUAGACUAAAAAUUCCGUACGAGAAGGAGAUGCAAUUUAAAAAAUUAAUAGUAAAAUUAAUUUAAGAAAUGAGGAAAGAAUGAAAAAAGAUUAAAACCAAGUUUGAAGCCCUCCAAAAAUAAGCUCCUCAAAAAGGGCCUUUGAAAAAUACAAGCCCCGGGGCUUAUUUUCGGAAUUUUACGGUAAAUUGCCUCAAACAAUGGUUUUUGCCAAAAUCUUGUGUGUCGAAUAUUAGAGAGACCGGUUUGAACCAAAAACUAUUAAAAUAUUUAAUUUAAUCUCAAGCCCUAAGGGUCUUGAACCUUCACUAUCGCUGUUCCAGACCCCUGGAACAGUUUUCCAGACAACAUCCGUUCAUGUGACAGUUUAAAGCACUUUUAAAAGUCUGCGUAACUUUCAUUGUUGAUGAUGAAGAAUAUUUUCCUAUAAUAUCAUGGCCAAAUCACGGCUAAAUCUUUAUUCUUUCAUUUCUUUUGCUGUGGUCAAGUUUCGGAAGAAAUACCAUCCCCCUAGGGAGAGCAACGGAAAUUCCAAGGGAAGGGGGUUUCUAAAGGAAGCAAUUUCUGAGGGGGUCGGUGUGGCUUUUCGAGGUUAUUUUUUCCGGGGGUUACGAGUAAGAUUGGUGAGUUAGUUAAAACUAACAGCUGUUCUGUUGAGAAAGCUUGGACAAAUUUAAUAAGAAAGUAAGGAACGAAAUGAAUUCUAGUAGUUGUAGUCAUCAUCGUCAAAAUGCCCUACAGUAAAACCCGCGUAUAAGAACCUAGAUUUUAAGAACCUGUUAGGUUAAGAUUUCCCAUUUAGACCCCUUUUACAUAAGAACCUGUUUUAGCCUACAAUUUUCUAACAAGUUUUUAUUUUGAGGAAUUUAGUCAAACACUGAAUACACAAAUUUAAUAGAACAAGCUCUACCAGUCAGGAAAAUGUAUAAAAUUCAUAAAUGGCUUAAACAUGCUUGGAUUAAGGAGAUUUCUAUAACGUAUUAUGCAUGCAAGACCAAAAAUAGGCCCAAAAUAAGCCACACCCACCAAUGACAAACACCUUAUUUAUUUUUAAAAAUAAGAACCUGAGUCGCCUAAUUUUCCGGUUAGCACCAUUUUUAUAGGAACGUUCUUACCCUAGCUUGGAAAAACAUAGCUUCUUAUACGCGGGUUUUUACUUUAUCGGGACAACAAAUCUUUCAAGCUAAAACGGUCUAUCAAAUCAUUAUAAAUUCGUCGAUCUGGAUGAGCAUGGAUGCAUAAAAUAGAUAGGUACGCUGUUCUAUACUUACAAAUGGAGGAGUUGUACAGAUUUUCACCAAUGUCCACCAUGCUGAACAACAAUUUCGACAACAUAUCGGUGCAACCGGUAGCAUCGGCUCCUGUCAAAAUUUAAUACUGGACUUUUGGCCUAAAUGGGUUGUUGAUUGAUGCCCCGAGGUUGUUAACCAUUUACAAAAACUUCUGGAAAAUUCGGUUUAAAAGUAAAUGGAACACCACUUUUCGGGUCGUAUCAGAGGAAAAUUUCCACGAGCAAGGGAACGUCUGAAAAGGUAGUUCUGUUAUUCCUGACGGAAUAUUCCAAACGAAGAUUCGUGUUCCAAUUCUUCAAAGCCAUCUUUCAUACCAGUACGUUCCAGGCGUUCGCGCCCUUUUUGCGGUGAAUGGAACUGACUUGUACAAAUAGUAAACGCCGGCGAUUCCAGGACGAAAUUUUCCAGACUUGAAUUUUGCUCCUUGCCCAAACCUUGAACCAACCAGUUUGCCCAUGUGAAUAUGAAUGGUAAACAACCAGGCUUUCCCACAUGUGGAAGCUUUUGAAAGGGAAGUUAGCAAGCGGUAAAGACCUAGGCGUUGAUGUUGUUGAUAUUUGUUUGCUGGCAUUUUCUUUCUCUUGAAAGAUGCUGCCGUUGCAUUCAGAGGAACACGAAUUGAAGUGUCAUACGAUAUGUUCACUGGAGAGCACCAUGUAACACCAUCAAAUGAGGUCAGUCACUGUACCAGAGAACCCUAUAGACACAUUGAAGAAUCUAAAGUAUGGUUCAGAUUAGAAAAUAACAAGGUUACUAAAUUCUGCUUCACACAUUUCUUCGUUGUUUGUGUUGAUACUUUUCUCUGCCGUUUUCAGCUAAAUGGUCAGCACAAGAUGUGCAGCGAACGUGAAUGCUCCAGAGUUAAAUUUCGUUUUCACGCCCCGAUUAUUUCAAUCAAAUCAGACAAACUAACCAAGAUGUAGUUGGUUUAAGGAGAUCAAUGUGAGAGUAGUACAGGACGUUAGUAUAGGACAAAAAAUAACAUACGUAAUUCGCAUAUAACGAGCAAUGUUUAUCACACCACCAGCAGAGUCUUUCUUUCGCUUGCCUAAUUUAGUGUAGUCGAGAAAGACUCGACAUGAAUCGAGUAAGAUCUUUGUUGAGCAUGCGCAGCUUGUUGCCAGGAUAAAUUGUCGAUUCCAGCCCUAAUAACCGUGCGCUUUUUUCAGUGGGCUCGGUUAUGACCAUUGGUUUAUCAAUAAACGGAUGCGCGCACUCCAGUAAACCAGUUUCUCAUACACAAUUUGUAUGGUCCAGUUCUGUUACUGACCUGCAAGUACGUUUUUGUACCCCCUGCCCCCUAAUUGAAGAUGCGAUGUUCCUGUGACAUUAAUCAGAGUAAGGGAAGUCAUUACGGGCCGUAAAUUUUUUUGGUGGGGGUGGGGGGGAGAAGGGAAGAAAUAUGUUAAAUGUUAAUUUUGGUUGGCGAUUGCAGUGUAUGUUGGCCAACGCUGUUGUCCUUGUUUUUUUUAUGGAGAUUACACAUGUUCAAUUGUAAUAGCACAGGUUGUCAAAGUCGGAAUAUGACAUAAUGUACAGUAAUUGUAAUAGUUAUGCAGCAGUCAGAAUGACAACGAUUUUUAUGGGAAAAAUGGAUUGGCAUUGGUUGAAAAAAAAAAGCCUUUGCUAUAAUAGACAGUUUGGGUGAAUUUUGCUUUAUAUAUAAUUUAGUGAAGUUAUGCUACUUUUCUUUUCAGGAUUUGUCAUCCUUUCCUGGCAAUUUAGGAUCCAUUUCCUCCAGGAAGUUGAGAGUUACUCUAUUAAGCACUGAACGGAGAUUAACGAAAGGAGGCUUGUCAACCAUCAACCGAGAGCUAGCCAUUCAGUUGGCAAAACAUCCCAGCUUGGAGGUCAGCGUUUAUCUCCCUCAGUGCAGUGAAGAGGAUAAACGAGUCGCUGCUAGUCACAAUGUCCAUCUCAUUGAAGCAGAGGAAAUGCCAGGUUAUGACCCGCUUGACUGGCUGUCCUUUUUACCAAAAGAUCAUGCUGUGGACUUUGUGAUAGGACAUGGGGCUAUUCUUGGUCGGCAACUGCAGAUGAUCAAGCGAAUUCAUCCUCACUGCAAGUGGAUUCAGGUCGUCUAUACCGCUCCAGAAGAACUUGGAAUGUACAAAGGAUACGAAGAAUGCAUUUCCAAGAAACACCAGGUUGAGGUUGAACUCUGUAAAUUGGCUGAUCAAGUUGUAGCUGUUGGACCCAAGCUGGCUGAAGCUCUCUCAGGUUAUCUCCGUCCUUGUGGAAAAGAUCAAGAUGUUCUCGAUCUUACCCCAGGCAUUUUCUCUGAAUUUGCUGAUGUAAAGCAAGCCACUGAAGAAAGAAAAGCAUUCAUUGUUUUAGUGUUUGGACUUGGUGAAAAUGAAGACUUUCAUUUGAAGGGAUAUGACAUUGCUGCCCGCGCUAUUGCCGAGUUGUACGCCGAGCCACAGCCUUAUAAACUCUGGUUUGUUGGAGCUCCAAGUGGAGAAGAGGAAAAAGUAAAGCAUUUGUUUCUUGAGCAAGGCAUUGAUCGCAGUCAACUAAGGGUACGUUGUUUCCCUGAAAGAAGAGAGCAGUUAGCCCGGUUGUUUUGUGAAGUAGAUCUUGCCAUAAUGCCAUCACGAACUAAGGGCUUUGGUCUAGCUACCCUUGAGGCUUUAUCUGCUGGUCUUCCUGUGCUGGUCAGUGGGAACUCUGGUCUUGGCGAGGCUCUGAAGAAAGUUCCAUAUGGUUCAAGUUGUGUGGUGGAAUCAAAAGAUCCCAGCGAUUGGGCCAAUGCAAUAAGAGCUGCUUGUCACAAAGACAGGAAGACUCGACUCAAAGAAAUUGAGAUCAUACGCGAAGCUUGGGAAAAAGUGUACAAGUGGGAGAAACAGUGUGAGAAACUCGUUGAAAGAAUGGUACAAGUAAAUAUCACUCUAGGUAAGUUUAAGCAGUUACUUAUAUGUACUCACCACUGUCCAUAAACCUUUGUAAUGGUGGACUCAAAAUUUCUCACAAGAAGGAGAUACAAAAGCAAAACAAAACAAACAAAAAUUUCUCAAAAUAGACAAAAAGAAAAAGAAAAAGAAAGAUUAAAGUAGCAUAGGAGGGACCGGUUUUUGAAGUGGAAUCUCAUUAGUUUGAAGUGGCAUAAAUUAAUGCUAGUGACAUUAAGAUAGGGUGAUGUUAUAGUUUAUUUUAACUUGUCUAUGAGCAAGUGACGUCAGAAUACGGGUUGACGUCAUCAAAAUAAUGUUGAGAUCAUAAUCUAUAGAUGGAAAAGUGAUAUCAUGUCCCUAUUUGGUCAUGAUGAUGACAUAGUUAUUCAGGUAAGAUGAUGUCUGAGUUUAUUUUUUAUCAUGUGCGUCAUAUCCUUAUCUGGGUAUGAUAAUGUCCAAGUUGUGUUUUGAUUGGUAAACACCUUUACCGGUUAGUCCUCUUUUUUUGCGGGGAAUCUCAUUAUCUUGCGGACGAAUACAUUAACGCCGAUGUCGUCAUAACCUUUUGUCUUUAUCUCAUGAGCAAAAUGCGCAGGAAUCUCAAAAAGGUAAGGUCGUGUGCUAUUUUUAGUUGGUUUAGGUUUUCUAGUUACUUGAAGGUCGAUAAACUUCUUCGUUUUCACUGGUUAAUUCAUACUCUCUGAGGAGUAAAGUCAAACUUGUCUGUGACUUAAAACACUGAGACGUGACGUAAUUAUGCAAAUCCUAUUUCCUGCGGCUGUGAUUGUCCUAGUUCAGGUUCACUGAUUUUUGGCGGCAAAUCGUGUUAAUUACUUUAAAACAUUGUUAGUAUUUGCAAGAGCGUUCCUUCAGAGGGUACUUCAACCAACUAGCAAUUAGAUUUCGCAAAGGUUGGUAUAAAAUGUUCGUUCUAAUAUAGGGAAUAAUUAAAAAACUUUGUUCUUACAGAGAAGCGAAACCACUUAAAUCCAGUGGGUUUCAGGCAAUCAUAAGCUAAUGAUGAUGUUGAUAAUUUCAGUUACGUUACGUACAGAAACCAUAUUUGUUUUCUAACACGGUUCCAAAAGAAAUAAAUAAACAGUUACACAAAACAGUAAUUUACUGUUUUGUGUUCUAUCCCGGUUCCAGAGGUUCUCGUUUGUAUUUCCCAAUCAAAUAAUUACAAGGUCGCGAAAAUUCAGUCACGAGGCGACAAUAGAAUGUGCUGCUUUUCCACACAAAUUAUUAUCCAAGAGAAAAAUAUACUUUCAUUAACGCCAACAUCGAAGUCAUUAACACUAUCUUGAAAGUCAAUAGGGACAACAGACAAACAUUAAAGUUCAAACACUAUUUAUUAACAUUUUACGACACUGUUUGCAAUUCAAUAGCAUUCCUGGGUAACCUUAGGAUGGAUAAGACAAACAAUAAUGCGCUUGUACAAUCAUUUGAGCUUUCUUUAGAUUUAAUAAUACACAAAAAUUGAUUUUCAAUUAAACAAUAGAAAUUCAAACAAAUUUGGCCUGAAUUUCAGCCCAUUAUAUCGCUCAAUAACCUCUCUAUUUAAACAUUUUGGCAGGCAGGUUUAUGAAAUGGUAACCCUCAGCACAUUUGACUUCGGUCACAAUGUCUACGUUUCUGCGCAGAGCUUCAGGCACUUCAGGUGUUGUGUUCGAACUCCCCUAGUGGGAUGCCUAGGGCUUUGGCCUUGUUACGUCUAUAGAUUUCCGGACGCGAGAUAUCGGCCUUGAUUGUUGCCUUCAGACGGCUUUUAUACCUGUUCCAUGAUGUCGAGAGGGGGUAGGGGGAGCAUAAGGGCUGGGGAAAUGGCCGAAUCUUCGUGCGGCUGGCACUCUGUCAUACGCAAAGAUCACCCACCUUGUUGGGAUCCACAUUUGUCCUUGCCUGUACCAGGAAGAAACCGAAACGCGCAGCUUUCACUACACCAACAGCUUGAUAGGUGAUAUUGCCAUGGUCAUAUCCGUCUUAAAAAUCUCGUCCUUGUUGGCCGUACGCCCCCUUUCCCUGUCGCGCCCUACCAUGAAUACAUGUACUGGCCGUCCAAAUGGUGACAAAUAGCCGCAAUCGUCGACGAACAGAAAUUGGCGCAGUACAGGGUGGUUUUUUCAACCAGGCAGCGUAAAAAUUGAGGCCAAUUUUUUGGAAUUGUUAUUGUUUAAUUGAAAAUCAAUUUUUGUGUAUUAAAUGUAAAGAACGCUCAAUUGAUUGUACAGGCGCAUUAAUGUUUGUCUUUUUUAUCCUAAGGUAGUCCAGGAAUGCUGUUGAAUUGCAAACAGUGUCAUAAAAAUGGUAAUUAAUAGUGUUUGAACUUUAAUGUUCGUAUUUUGACCCUAUUGACUUUCAAGAUGGUGUUAAUGACUUCGAUGUUUGCGUUAAUGAAAGUAUAUGUUUCUCUUUUGUAUGCCGAAUGACUUAUAUGAAUGCUCAAAAGUGUUAUUGAAUGUUGAUUAAAAUGCAAAAAUCGUUAUUGAAUCUGAUUUAUGCGCAAAUAUUCGUAUUUUCGCGCUAAUAAAUGUAUCUUCGCACUAUUGGUUGCCGUUUUACGCAAGUGAUUGCGUAUUUUCUCGUAAUGAACAGCAAAAGGUGUAUUAAUGGUUUCAAGACUGUGUGUCUCCUAAAUGAAGUUCAUACCACCGUAGGGAGCAAAGUCAGACGUAACGUGUAGUUCUGGUGUGAACCAUCUAACCUUUCUUUCACCUUUUUGCUUUGUUUUGUUUCGUUUCGUUUUUGUGGCUGUUGUGCUUACUUAUUGCAUAAAUUAUGCAAUAAUGUGCACACCGCUACUAUGCAAUAGUGGGCCAAGGCUCCAUAAGUACUCCAUAUAGUAUGAAUUAUGACGUAGUGCGUAUAACUUUUUGUUUUUGAGGUUUGUUUUUAACUAGCGUGUUAUCACUGUAUUUGAUUUCCGGACUUCAGUAAAUACUACCGUCACCUGCUGUGUGUUAUUGGCCGGACCAUUGUCUUUGCUUUUUUUCAGAUUUGUUCAAUUGUAGGCUUAAUCUUGAAUCUUUUAUGUCUUUAAGAACCCCGGGGGCCCUCUGAAAACGAGGCCAGAAACCUUGAUAGCGAUGAUGAAGAGAGGGACUGUGGCAGAAAGAGGUUUUCAGAGGGAGGAUAUCCGGUGCAACAAGAAACCAACAAAGACAUAUCAAGGGAACCAGCAACUAGCAGGUAAGAAACAAGAAAAAGCCUAUUCCGCGGAUUCUGGAUUGUUUUGAAUUACACUGACGUACAUUUUGACCGCUUUAACUAGUGUUUUGUGUGAUACCUCAGUUGACCAUAGGCAUCAUUUUUUAUUGUUUUUCAUAAUUUAAUUCCUUUGAAUGCUGUACUUUGCCGUAAAGGCCCCGAAAUUAACAGGUGUACGCGGAAAAAAUAGGGAUCAUUUCGGGUGAGGAUCAUUUCUGGGUAGAUUUUAGAAUUUAGGUAGAUUUCGUAGCUGAUAAAGUCGCACAUAAGCCGAUUUAUAGUUCUACAUUCGAGGUAUAUCUCCAAGUUGCCUUGCAGCACGUUAUUCUUGGUUCGCACACUACGAACAGUUUGUCCACUGAAAAAAAAUAUUUGUCAAUCACGUUCUUGAAAUGCCCUGUCUUCAUCUACAUCCAUAACUUGCAUAAUCCUAAUCAGGACAGUUUGCAAGUAAGAUAUAAUGGGGGACAAAAUAAUUCCUUACUAAGGGAAGGAGUUCAGAGCUGACUUAAACAACUUGGUGAGAGGGGGUGGGAGCGGUGGGUUCGGGGCAGGGUCUGGUUCUUAUAUUUAGUCGAGCUUGCUUGAGCAGAGCGAGACUCUUCAAAUGCAGUCGUUUUUAACUCGUGGGUACGCGCGAGCGUACCACGAGUUAUUGCAGGGACUGAGAUAUGCAAAUGAGUCACUCACUCACUCGUAGUAGACGCACUUCGUAAUUAAUCGGGUCCGAACUCGAGAGCGCGAAGAUCUAUCGUUUCCAAAGAAGCACGCGCUCGCCGAAGUUCGGUAGCAUCAAAUUCCUCGCUGCGAGCGUGCAUCGUGCGCUACAGCACGGUUAGGAUAGAGGUCUUACCAAAUUUAAGACAGGCAAGAAUCUUUCAAAUUAGUACGAUUCAAAAGCCUUUGACCCGUCCAGGCGUUAAACUUGACAAGAAGAUGAGCAUUUGCUCUUCGACUCCUUCAACUUUGACGCUGGCUUAAUCUCCUACCUUGUAGUACUGUAGUAGGUUAUGUGUAUGAAUGAAUGUAUGAACACGGACUGCGGACUACGGACUGUGGACUGAGUAUAAAAUACGGACUAUAAAAUACGGACUGGUGAAAUGUAUGGUAAAUAAAGGCACUUCUUCUUCUUCUUCUUCUUCAUAAGGACUCCCCAAGAUCACGGGGGGAAAUGGAUGUGAGUUUGAGCAUUACCUUUUUAAAAUAACAGCGGAAAUCGAGAUAAGAACACAUAAGCUAAUGUUUUGCGCCCUACUUCGCGGAGGAGUUGUGUCGGCUUUGUAUCGCAUAUGUUCUUUCAUUGCCAUGAAAUGCGUUUACAUUGUUUUUUACUGUCAGUAGCCUGGUUUCAAUUAGCCUUAAUUUCAUCCCAUUGCUUCGAGUCGUUUUUAUGGCUCGAUCGUUUGCCCCAGUCGUUUGCCGGCGGAAGUUCCAUGGAAAAGGCAUUAAAUUUGAGACUUUUCGCCAAAUCAUGUGACCAUCCUCAAUGGUGUAGUGGCUAUGUGAGGUCCGGUUAAAUCGAAGGUACAGGGUUCAAAUCCUGCUAAGGACCUUCUUUUUCCCUUCUUCCUUUUUUUUUUUCUUUUUUGUUUUGUCUUGUUUGCUUAUUUGUUUUGCUGUUUUUUUUUUUUUUUGUUUUUUAAUAUAUACUUAAAUAACUGUUACUAAAGUGCAAUAAACAGCAAGAAAAGUAUUGUGUUUCCAGAACAAGGAUAGUAUAUUUAUAAUAUGAAUUUCUAUCAUUUCCUAAAAUUCACUGUGGGAAAACCAGAGGUGAUAACUAAUUGAUUAUUUUCUAAACAACGUACCCACGAGUUGACGAUAGUCUUUCUUUGAUUUUGUUUUUCGUCGGUGGGACCUAGUUUGUAGGCCCCGCGUUCCUAGUGAAGACCGUGGAAACUGGGGAUAAGAAUCGUGACGACUUUCAUUGUAUGGAAAUGAGUCUCGUGAUGAGAAUGCAGUUUAUUUUCGGCGAUGACUGAAAUUACGCAUGUAAGUUUGGCAAUGAUGUAAUUUUCCUCGAAUGGAGGCCCUAGAUUUUCGUGUAAUUAUGCACGACAUGCAGGCAUUUUAAAAAGGAAAGGAUGAGAAAAUAUUAUAGCGGGGAAAUCCUCAGGAUUUUGUGGCUUUUUAAGGCGUUACGUUUCUUAGAAUAUUGUCGCAAUUACAGUAAAUGGACGGUUAAAUAGAUUCACUUUGUUUUAUGUAUUUAAUUGACAGAUUUUCGUAGUUGUUACGAUUUGAAGUCGUGUUGCACUUCAUAAAUACUUGAGAUAUGAAGUAUCCACUGUCACGUAAUUUUUAGGAGCGCACGUGCGUAAGAUUUGCGUUCGCAAAUAAAAUAAAGGCAAUAUAUGAAAGGCCGCACGUACAAUUAUGUAAGCGUAAAAGUAGAAACUCGCUUAAUUUGACGUUUAAUCUCAAUACUUUAUGUCUUACCUCUAUUUGAUUUACGUGAUUAAAAUUUACGUGCGUUAACGUGCGGAGCCAAAAACGCAUCAGUGGAAAUCCACCCUAACGUGUCACGGAUGUGUUUAUACGGGUAGCUUUGAAUUUGACUAACCGCACACUCUACCUGAAGCACUUCAUGUCCAUAGUUAAUAGAAAUCCCAUAUCGAGCUUUUCCGGAACGGGUUGGUCCAAGAAUUCUAUCGCUUGAAACUGUUGAUUAUUUUGGAACAACUGAUCACUGAUCAGUGGUCGAAAAAAAAAGAAUAAUCUUAAUGAGCAAAACUUCAAGGUGUACUGGAAUUUCAGGAUCGAGGAUCGAGAAAUCAGUGAUCAAGGAUCGGUUAAAAAGAACUUGAAAUUAAAUAAAUAAAUAAAUCGUGGAUCAGUGGUGAUGUGGGCCGCAGACUGUAGAUAAAUUUCACAGAACAUAACCCUGUUCGCUGUACUGAACACUAAAUUCAAGUAAAAUAAUCCGAGUCUGUCUGAGUCAGUGAUUGUUUUGACGAGAAAGUGAAAUUUUCUGGGAAAGUGAAACGCUUUAUCCCGGUGAUACUGUAAUACAAGAGAAAACUUUAACAGUUUUUAAUUUUUAAGUGUACAUUUGUUUUCAGUACUCCUUAUUUUUCUUGUAAUUGUUGUAGCACGACCUCACCAGCAAUGCUGUUCUUUUUAUCGUGCCGUAAACUAAGGUUCUUACCUACCCACCCACCUACCUACCUACCUACAAUACAAUACAAUACAAUACAGUACAAUACAAUACAAUACAAUACAAUACAAUGCAAUACAAUACAAUACAAUACAAUACAAUACAAUACAAUACAAUACAAUAACUUUAUUUAAAGAGGAAAGCGCAAUAACCUAUUACAGUUUUCUAACCUACGGCCCUCAAAAAAAUAGAUAAAUAGAUAAAUAAGUUUAGAAGACUAAAAACAAAUUUAUAAAUAUAUAUAUAUACAUACACAAAAGAGACAAUAUUUAAAGUAGAAUAGGCUAUAAACACGUAAUGAAUAAUAUAUAAAUCGACGAAGGGGGGCAAAAUAUGUACUAUAAAUGAACAUGUAUACAUAUAUACAUAAAUAUAAAUUAAAAGACCUAAUAGUGGUUGUAGUAGGACUAUGAAAAACAGUGACAAUGAAUAGAAUAGCGGCCAGUCGAGCACAGUAGAUCCUCCAAGUGCUCGGCCGAUGAUAGGCGUGAGAAAAACAGACUUCGUAAUUUAGACUUAAGAGAGGAGGGAAGAAAUUUAAAUAUCAGUGGAGAAGAAGAAAUAGAAACUCUUUUAAGUCGAAACUGAGGUCAUUAAAAAGUUUAGUAGCAGUAUAGACCAAGGUGCGUUUCCCAGAGUUGCUAUUUGGGCAUGGCACCUUUAAGUCGUAGAGAGAGGCUCUUAUAAAACGGCCCAGAGGUCCACGCGAAUCACAAAGAAAUUGAAAUCUGUUUCUGAGAUAUUCAGGAGCAUUCGGAUUAAGGAGUACGAUGAAAAGAAGAAAAAGUUUUCUGUAUUUAAUAAGAUCAAAAACGGGAAUCCAGUUAGGUUUUAAAAAUAAAGAAAUAGAAGCCUGAGAGAGGUCGGCAUCAAGGAGUAUAGGCCCAGCACGCUUCUGAAGACGAAGCAGUCGUAAGAGGAGAUGGUGGGAACAGUUACCCCAGGCAGCAGAACAAUAAAUAAAGUAGUUAACACAAGAAUUAUAGAAUCUUAAAGCAGAAUCAAAGUUAAGAUAAGGUUUGAUGCGACGGAGAAGAGAAAGCCUACUGCUAAUGAUGCAGCAGAUUGUAUCGAUAUGAUGCUCCCAAGACAUGUCACUGUCUAUCAUAAAGCCCAGCAUCUUGGCAUAGUCCACUUGCUCAAUAGAUCUACCAUCGAUUUGGACAUUGAGUGCCGAGCUGGUUAAAGUACGGCGUUUCUGCGAGGUCGUAAUAAGUAAAGAUUUAGUUUUGGUUGUGUUAAGUGACAUUCGAUUAUUAUCAGCCCACGUAGAUACAGUUCUAGCAACUUCAUUCAAGUGAGUGCUGAGGGAAGUAACAGAGGGCCCUCGAACAAGAAUAGUAGUAUCAUCCGCAAACAUAGUUGAAGUUACGUCUGAAUGUAGCUCUGACGGCAAGUCGUUUAUAUGAAUAAUAAAGAAAAGUGGCCCCAGGAUACUACCCUGCGGCACACCUACAGAGACUGGAAGUGCUUCAGAUAGAGUGCCCCUAAACUGCGUUUUUUUGGGAACGCCCGGAUAGAUAAGAGCGAAACCAAACCAUGGUAGAGUGGGAACAACCAUAGAUACGAAGUUUAUGAAGUAACGUAUCAUGAUCCACAAGGUCAAAAGCUUUCUUCAAGUCAACUAACAAAAGCCCAUUAAGGAGUUUGUUAUCCAUGUUAGUCAAAAUGUUAUCAGAAAGAUCGGCGAUAGCAAGCUCACAUGAACGAGAACUACGGAAACCAAAUUGCGAAUCCAGCAGCAAGUCGUGUUGGGAAAGAAAGUGGUAAAAAGUUUGGUGCACGUGACGCUCAAGAAUUUUUAAGACAACAGCCAGAACUGAUAUUGGGCUGAUAUUGAGAACUGAUAUUGGGAUAUCUAUCUAUCUAUCUAUCUAUCUAUCUAUCUAUCUAUCUAUCUAUCUAUCUAUCUAUCUAUCUAUCUAUCUGUCUGUCUGUCUGUCUGUCUGUCUGUCUGUCUGUCUGUCUGUCUGUCUGUCUGUCUGUCUGUCUGUCUGUCUGUCUGUCUGUCUGUCUGUCUGUCUGUCUGGCUGGCUGGCUGGCUGGCUGUCUGUCUGUCUGUCUGUCUGUCUGUCUGCCUAUCUAUCUAUCUAUCUAUCUAUCUAUGUAUCUAUCUAUGUAUCUAUCUAUGUAUCUAUCUAUCUAUAUAUCUAUCUAAAAUGCAUGCUGUGUGCAACUCUAAACAUUGCACUCUGAGACUGUACGGAGAUAUUAAAAGUAGGUACUAAGCAGAUAUGGAAAAUGUCAUUAUUUUCACGCGAUAUUGAUAUCUUAUAAAGCGGACAACAAAUUCAGCAGGAAUACGCGCGAACUGAAUUAACUGUCUGUUGUAUAAGGUUCUGUUAAACUUACACUUUUUUCCUGUGCUGAUCAUAUACUGUACCGAGCCGUAUCUUGGUCCGGUACAAAGAAGCUAUGUAUAUUUAUACUGACAGAGUCAUGGGCCCCUGAUACCGAUAAAAAUCAUCGUUCAAUUUUUCGAGUGUAAUACUUCUCAAUGGAGCAAUAUCAAUAUGUAGAAGGUUUUCAAAGGUUUCACACCGGUUUGAGGCUAAGAUGUGCGGCCAGUCUCUCCUUGCAAUUUUUACUUUUUGAGUUUAUACAUUAUGACAUAAAACACUCGUUUUGUAUUCCAAACGAAAAAGUAGUAUAACAGCACCGGGGCCUUUGACAACAAAACUCAUCUCCAAGCAAGCGAGACUCAACGCUACUAAGAGCGUUCUUGUUAAUUAUGUGUUUCUGAUCAUUUGAGUAAAGUGCCUGUAAACUAGCUGGACAGGCUAAUUGCACUUUCCACUCUAAACAAACCUUUAACAAUGCUAAUGCCACAUUUGGGCAAAGUUUGAAACAUAGUACCUUUAACUAUAAACCAACAUAGAAAGCGUGCAUAUUUUACUGUAACAUUUGUUUUUGUACCUUUAGUGGACCUGGAGAUUCACGCGGGGACCUCGGGAGUGCUGUUUCUGGUUAUAGCUCAUUUUUAUCCAAAGAGGUGAGCAAGCAAAGUUUAAAACAAAUGGCCCAUUCCUUAUUUGCAGUUAUCCCAUUCACCGCUGAACCGCCACGUCCCUUCUACUGCUUGUGACAUCAUCAGUUUUGAACGGUCAAGAACAACUACAAAAGGCUCCCGAAAAUUCUAGGUGGCCUUUUUAGGGUAAAAAUCUGUUAAAAAUAGGCAAUUAUACCAUUUUUUAGUUGUUCGAAAAUCCUAGGAGAGGCAGGCAAUUAAGAAAUUUUACAACAAAUGUUCCGAAAAUUCUAGAUCUCAAAUCGUCUUCCGAACAGAUAUUUUUCCGAAAAUUGUCGUUGGGUGCCCCUGUGAACACAAUUCAGUCAAGGAGGCCGGAUAAAAAAGCAAAGAAAAAAAGAAAAGCAUUAUAAAGUUGACCCGAAAAUUCCGAUGAAAAUCUUCUUUGUCCAGAAAACAGCUCAACUAUCGUAGCUUCAAAAGGCGAUUUUUGGCAAUAUUUCCAGGAGCGAAUGGGUUGAAUCCUCAUUAUCACCACAAUUCAAAUGAAGAUUACUUUUAAUUAAUUUGUGCGCGAAGUGAAAUUUAUUCUUAAGUAUGGGCACUAGGGCUUUCUAAUAUUUUGCAUACAGUCCGACUUUAUGCAAAAGCUUUGCCCAUCACUCAAGUAAGUAUUGGUUAUGCUUAUUGACAGGUAAAAUUUCUUCCCCUUUAACAGGUUACUUCACUGCAUCCUGAGUCCUGGUUAAAGGCAGAAGGUAACUAUAAUAGUGCAUUAAAAUUGUCUGUGAGGCUAAAGGACAAGGCUGUCAAGCGUAUUAGCGAAUUUAUAUAGGGUUGAUGCUCAUUAAUUUCCCCGCGUAGCGAAGGUUCAUUAAUUUUGUCGAAAUUUAAUUGGCAACUUGGAGCAGUAGUCUAAGAGACGACCUUACAUGCAGGUGGUCCGGGUUCGACUCUCGGCCAAGGCUUUUUUCCCAUUUUUUCCCCCCAUUUUUUUUUUUUUUUUGCCUUUUUGUUUUGUUUUUUGUUGUUGUUGUUGUUGUUUUAACCUUUUUUGUUACUUGUUGGCUUGUUUCCCUUUAAUCAUACGACUGGCUCUUUACAGCUGUGCGAGGUAUUGCGAUAAACGUAUUUUCAGUAUAUUAUAGGAAUUUCUUACUUGGUUGGCCAAAUUUUAAGAGGUAUGGAGGGUUCUUUUUACCGGAGUAUUUCUCGCGAUUUGUCGCGUAGCCCGGGCCAAGCCCUCGGAUAGUAGGGACGUCGAGAAAACAAGGUCGAAGGAAAAUAAGACGCACGUGAUAUGGGGAAGAGCGAAGUACGCCUUCUCUCUCCUCAGCUCCCGCGCGUUAUUUGCAUCAGUUUUCAUAUCGCUGAACAUUACUUUCUUGGAGCCUGGAACAGGCUAUUUGUCGCGUAACAAGAGUGGCAAUUUCGUUGCAGCGCCAGAUUGCGAGCGAUAUCCGCGCGACUUUUCGCCUUCAUCCAUGUCCAAUACUCACAACUUGUUCAAGUGGUGAAGCCUGAGGUUCUAGUGGUAUAAGUCGUAGGAAAAGUUGUAGUGGAAAAAAAUUUACUGACUACAAGUCCAUCAACAGAGGUGUGCCUCAAUGGACAGUACUUGAUCCCAUACGUUGUUUCUCUAUUAUGAUCAAUGAUAUCAAGUGUAUAAAUCCGUCCAAUUUUUUGGUCCCGUUUUCAGAUGAUUAAAUUGUUAGCAUUCCUGUUUUAGAGUAGCCAUGUUGUCGGUAACUCCUCAACCAUUGCAAGUAGUGAAGUCCAACCUCAAUGAUAUGAUGCCAAGUUUAAAUGGGAAGUGAUGGUAAAAGGAAAAACACACAAACCGCUAUCCUCAUCUGUCAAUAAAAGAAAGGAAAUUAUGAGGGUACUUAGGGUCACCUUUGCUGAUAGUCCGACUUCGGAAAGCUUCCAUCUUUGAAAUGAUUUAGGCGUGGCCAAGUGACCAUGGCGAUGCUGGACAACGUAUCGUCCUGGUUGAUAUUAUACUCCUGUGUGGCGACAUUCACUCUCAAUUACCUGGGCGUUUUCAACGAGCUAAAGGAGACAGAAAGAAAAUCGCAACUGGAGACAUCAAACCGUCCACGGAUCACACAAGAAAGAAUCGAAAACCUCUCAUGUCCGUCGCCCACCUUAACGUUCGCUCUGUGGCGUCGCGCAAAAAUUUGUAUCUUCUUAAACAGACAGUUACCAAUAGCCACUUCGAUAUCUGUACCGUCUGUGAGUCUUUGCUGGACCCUACAGUAUACGACGCGGAUACUCAGUUUCGGGAUAUAAGACUUUCAGGCAAGAUCGAGGGCCACAAAGGAGAGGCGGUGGACUACUUGUCUAUGUUAAAAACAUCUACAAGGCCUGCGUGAUUGAAAAUGGUCCUCAGUGUCUGAAACCAAUUUUCAGCAACUAUGGUUGAAAGUGCUGUGUAGCAAAUUUAAAUCUUUUCUUCUCUGUGCAGUUUACAGGCCAUCGGAUGCCCCAAUCAAUUUCUUAGAAAACUUAAGCGAAACGUUUAAGACUUUUUGCUACGUGGCUUAAACGUACUAAUUCUUGGAGAUCUUAACUGUAAUCUUUUUGGAGAUGAUUGUGAUGGUCUUACACUGAGCGAGUUUUGUUCUACCUUUUUGUCUAUCACAACUCGUUAAAAUCGCAAAAACAGUGACUGAAAAAUCCAAGUCACUUAUCGACGUUGCUUUGACAACGAACGAGAGUAUCGUUCAUGCUUGUGAUGUGAUGGGUCAUGUAGCCGCUCUCCUUACCCUAAUAGCCAAUUGGUUCGAUACCCUAACCGUGAAACAGUGGGAAAUAAUGAUAAACAAUGAUGUGUUACUGUUUUCUGUGACCAAUGAGGAAACACCUUACGAGUAGCUCCUACAUUACUGGAUGUGAUACACUUUGCAAUCAGUGGUCACAGCUCAGUGAGCUUAACACUCAAUUAAAGACGCCGAGACCAAGGAGUUCGUUUGUGGUCACGAGAAGCUAGAAAAACUUUGUCCGUGAUAGUUUUAUUGAAAAUCUGGGUAACGUUCCUUUAUAUAUAGUUAAUUUUUUUGACGAUCAUGACGACCAAGUACAUUCCUUUAACUGUCCUUUCCUACAUGUUUUGGAUGAUCAUGUUCCCAUCAAACAAAUUAAGAUUCAUUCAAGGCCUAAUCCGCCUGUGACACCGGAGAUCAAAGGAUCAAUGAACACGCGUGAUGUGGUACAGGAGGGCUAUGAAGACCAACGACAAAUUACACUGGGAUGCGUAUCGCCAUUUUCGUCAGGAAGUUUAACGUGAAAUCAGGGUUGCCGAAAAAGAGCAUGUUUGCUCUGAAAUCCUAAAAUCGAAUGGUAAUACCAAUUCGAUGUGGAAAAUUCUUAAUCGUUACAUUCCAAGGAAGAAUGCUCUAUCAGCCACUGUCGAAAAUCCACUUAUCUAGCAAACAAAUUCAAUGAAUUUCAUGGAAAUGUAGGUAGAAUGACAGCUUAGAAAGCCACGAAGCUUGCCGAGGAACACAAUUUUAACAUUUAUGAUACCGAGGGAAUUUAUCCGUGCGAAUCUGAUCGCAGCUCCUGUCCAAACAAUAAUCCCUUAUUUGCAUUUCAACCCAUUACCACAAGCGAUGUACAUAAGAUUAUUAAAAGUCUACCUUCAAAUAAAGCUCCCGGUUGCGACAAAGUUAACGCCAAAAUUCUGAAAGACGGCUCACCAUUUGUUGCUCCCAUUAGAACUAGUCUUAUCAACAAUUCCUUAACUUUGAGUUCUUUUACACUUCUAUGGAAGAAAGCAGAAAUCGUUCCGUUCUUAAAUCCGGGGACAGUGAGGGGCCUGCAAACAGGAGACUAACAUCGCUACUCCCUAGUUUAUCAAUUUCCUCGAUUCUAACAAUUGCAUACAUCACCUGCAAAGUGGAAAUAGAAAACUUCACUUUACCGAUAUAUUGCUUAAUAAUGUGGAUCAAAAGAAGAAAUCUGUUAUUUUUCUUUUGGACUUGUCCAAAGCUUUCGACAGCAUCCGACACGAUUUAGUGUUAUGUAAACUUCGCAAAGCUGGAAUAUCUGAAUCUGCGUGUACCUGGUUCGAAAGCUAUUUAUCACAACCUCAGGGUGUCCAGUUCCUAUUUUUUCCUAUUUUUUGAGCCUAUUCCUAUUUUCUCCUAUUUUUAAACUAAAACCUCCUGUUUUUCCUAUUUUUUAGCUGGUGAAGCCAAAAUUUGUUACAAAAUUGAAAAUGGAAUUAUAGUUGUAUGUGUUUUUGAGUGAAAUUUAUCAUAAAGCAAGUAGCUUGUUGACUUUGAUGUUCUAAUAUUAGUAAAAAUGACAGUUACGUUUGUUCUUUCCAUGACCUCUACUGCCUACAGUUUUGUUAACAUUUUUUUUGUUACUUUUUGUAUAAUUUUCUCAUGCACUUGCAUGUAUUGUAUGAAGUGUUAUAGUCCUCAUGACUAUUGAAUACUAGUAAAAUCCAACUAGUGGUCUAUUAUCAGUGCUGCAUUCUGAUUGGUUGAGCUACUACUAGGCUAUAUGUUAUAGCCCACUAGUAGCGAAAAGUGCGGGCUUUUUGGCGGCAAAAAAGGAUUAAAGUCUAGCUUUAACUAGGUAAAAUUUUUGUAUUCUCGAUAUUUUUGACCAACUAGUUGGAUUUUACUAAAACAAUUAUUCCUCUCGCCCUCAUGGCCUCUGAGUCGAUAGCCCAUUCGGCCGCUAUUGACUCAGAGCCCAUUCAGGUUCGAGGAAUAAUUGUUAAAUAUUUUGCAUAGCCCACUGAAACUGCAUUUCAGUAUCUGUACAUGUUAUAUUUCAUUUUGAAGUCUUGCUCGCUUUUAUGUUCAUCUUUGAAACUGAAAACAGGAUCAAGUUGUCCUCUCACAACACAGGCCAGAUAAAUCAUCCAAUCAGCUUCUUGUUUAAAAAACCAAUCACUAGCUGAUUCUGGAUGCUGCAUGUAAAGAACAGACUAAAGUUUAGUUUCCGGCACUAGCUCUCUUGGUGAGCCCUUGUUAACAGCUAUACCUAAGCAACUGGUGAAGGAUCCAAUAUUUUGGUUGCAAAAUCGGUCUUACAGUGACUGUCAUAGCUUAGCAGAGUGUUAUGUUCUUCUUGGAACGUAACCAUGACACACUUACAAUCUGGUACCAAAUAGAUCGGUGACAUAUAAUAUUUUGCAUACACCGCAGAGAGCCCGGUUCCAUACUUAAAAUUAUGCGGUCUUUUGACUCAAACAAGCAUAUUCUCAACCAGGCACCGAUUGCAGAUUAAUAGAAGGAAAGCUUUCCAUAGGACUUUUUUCUAUAUCCUUCAAUGACAACUCAAUCGUAAGAAAUUUCUAUCCUAAGAAAUUUCACUCUUCAAAGCUUUUGAAAGAUUUGCCGUCAACUUGAAGGGAAUUUCCAUAUGAUCACCUUUGAUUAUAGAACCACGCUCGACCUGUAGUCAAUCAUAUCAUUCUGAUUUAAUACAGCAUAACUGAGCCAAUAAACUAAACAAAUAAACUAAAUCCUGUGAUCAUAGAAUCUGAGGACUCGUAGCCUUUAUUAUAACCCUUAUGGGGUGCAGGGAAGCUAUCUUUGUCGACAAAAGUACUAUUGAUUUUCCCAUUUUUCUCCUAUUUUUUAAUGCAAAGUUUCCUAUUUUUCCUAUUUUCUCAAUCCUGAGUUUCCUAUUUUCCUAUUUUUUGAGCAACCAUGCCGCUGGACACCCUGCAACCUGAACAAGUCGUUAAAAUUCCGAAUACCGUAUCCAAUCCCUUACCCCUAACUGUUGGAAUACCGCGAGGAUCCAUCAUGGGCCCGGUAUUGUUGACAUAAUACGUAAACGAGCUUUUUCGAGUCCCAAAACAUUGCGAACCACUCGUCCAUGUGGAUGACGACACAUUCCUCCUCUGGGUUCCCCUUCAGCAAACUUCACAAAACUUAACGACGUUAUCUCUGCAGUAAACGAAGAUCCUAAAGAAAUAUCGAUUUGGUGCUAUAGAAAUUCACUGCUCAUCAACCCUGACAAAACAAAGCACCUUUAUGUGGGCGUUCCACAACUCAUGAGGACUUUACCUACCCCAUUACCAAUGCUGGGAACUCGUCUAGAUGUUAGGUGUCUUAAAGCUUACCAAGAAACUUUUAGUGGUCAUGGUCACCGUUGAAAGGGAUAUUGGCAUCAUCAUAGACAGGCAUGGUACUAUUUUCACUGGUGUUUAGAUGACCUCUUUUUAUGUGUAUGGCUGCACACGUGGUUAUUCCCUACUCCAGACCAGUACCUUUAAACAUCACUUUCAACUUGCUUGACACAACUGCUGCCUUUUGUUCAGACUUGUGGUAUGUUUUGAGAUCGUCUACAAACAACGGAUGCGUGAUCUUUUGGUUAGGAUUGUGAGAUAAAUUGUACCCCUCUGUGCUUCUCAAGUACUAUACGAUUGGAUUCAGAGCAAUAGUAAAAAAUCUUCCACAAAAGGAGUCGCCCUGCAAUAUCUUUUUGUUCACUUUGAUGGGACCGAUCUUCUCUUUACCCUUGCUCGUAUUUACCUCCAGUGUGAUUCUUCAUUUCUUUAUGACAGACUUAAUUAGUUUUAUUAGGCUAAACUGUAUCCCAUGUAUUUCCAGUGUUUCCUCAAAUCCACUCAACUGCAGGAUAAGUUCUUCUUUUGUAAGUGUGCAUUUAAGAAUAAUUUAUUAUUAUUAUUAUUAUUAUUAUUAUUAUUAUUAGUAUUAUUAUUAUUGAAAAACAUGUGAAAGAUGUACUCUCGGCCAACAUCUGCAAGAAAUGGGUGUACAAUCUAAUAGCUAAAACGAAAAAGAAAGAGAAAAAAAGAAAAGCCCGCGUUGCAGAAGCCUCACGGUUUCUUUGGGCUUUAUAGCCAUGUUCGAAUUUCAGUAAUUUAUUACUGUGUCAUAAUAAGGUGGUGAAAAUAAAAUAGAAAAUAAAGAACACCGUAACUUUUCCACGUCGACAGCCCCCAGGACUUCUAGCUUCGUUAUGGCACUGUCGUUCGUCAGAGGAAAGUCAAAACAGCUCCAAAGAAUAUUCAAGCAACAGGGUGGGAAUAUUUACAGCAAUCUCUUCAGCACUCUUUGGUGGUAGCGCCUAAGGGUGCCCAGCAUAGAAAAAUCAUGUGGCGUGUUUAAAGUUUAACUACAGAAGGUGUUGGAAGGAACAUGUGGGAGGGACAGCCAGGACUUUUUUCUGCGCUUCCUUGAGCAAACAGAUGGACAACAACCCACGUCAGUUGCCAUCCAAGAGCAUACGGACGUCCCUGGCCACAAUUUCACACUAAAUAACGUAAAGAUCCUGGCAAGAGAAGAGAAUCUUGGCCAAGGAAAGAUCAAGGAAGCCCUCCGAAUAAACCGCAGCCAUCCGGCCCUCAGCCACGACCGAGUCUACGAGGGCAUGCUCGCGUUGCUCAGUUUCGCGUCUUGAUAAAAGGAAUUUGGAGUUUUCGAAACUUCCACUUAAGUUUCAAUUUGUUUCUGUGUUGUAAAUGUAACACUCCCCCGUGAGCAUUACGUGAUGCCUCAUUGUGAUUGGCCCGUUAUUCUUGAAAGGAAAUACAGGUCAAGUCAAGUCGACACUUAGACCCUGUUUACAUGGAGUGGGGGACCCCGGUUUCGUGGGGUAGGUUUCUUUUGUUUUGUGUCCCCCAGAGCGUGAAAACAAAAGAAACCAACCCCACUAGACCGGGGUCCCCCACUCCAUGUAAACAGGCCCUUACUCCGUCUCGACAAAGGUAGCCUGUUGCUUUCUUAAGCAUUCCUCAAAACCGUUGAUGGACUUGGAUUUUUCACUCGCGGAGGACGCAACCACUGGGAAAAUAUAGAAAGCCACAAAGUAUAAAGCUUAUCGUGACAUAAAAUUACCUCGACAAGCAAAUAAUUCAUCUAUGACGGAAUCACCGAAAUCAGCAAAAUACAUCUGCAGGCUGUUUGGCGGACAAAAUCAUUUUCAAGCGACUAGCUGAAACCAGUCCACCGCGGCAAUUUAUGUUCAAUGCAGCUUCUGUUCUCAUUCAGAAAAACCAGCGUAGCGACUUUAAACAACAUGACAAGCUUUGCACAAUCCUCGUACAACGGAACAACUAAGUUGUUUUCCUCGGCUGUUUAACUUUGUAAGUGUACCAAAUAUUCAAAUUUAUAGUAAAUUUCGGGGUAUUUUCUGUGUUUUUCCAGUGUUGCAUUUUAUGCCAGUCUUUUUGAGGCUUUGUUUUUACGCCUCUUAUGAUAUCCUCUGGUCAUUCUUUCCUUUGUGUCCUCAGUUAAGCGGUAUACUUUCGCAUCGAUUUUGCUUACGCCAUUUCUUCGACAACUUUGGUUCGUCAAGCGGAGGGUGGUGAAAACGAACACCACAAACAGAUUUGACGCAGUUUCUAUACAGAGGGACCGUAAAAGUUUAAACUCUACCAUUCAGCGACGAAACUAUAAAUACUUUGCUUCUUUUUCGCAGACAGUCUGUUUACUUUCGGUGCUUCAGUAAGUAAAGCGUGAGAAGAUAAGGUUAUUAUGAGUUUUCCUGAUCAAUACACAAAUGGACAGAGACUUUGCGCCAUCCUGUUCAUCCUGUUCGCGCGCGCGUGGGUGGAGCCCCAUAGCUAAGUAAAUCUACUCAUCCCAGAACAUUUGGUAAUCACACGUUACCGUACACCGACCGACCGCCCGAGAGACCGUCCGUCCGCACCACAGGAAAACCAAUGUUUACUUUCACACUUUUUAACUUCUUUGGGAGCCCAGGAGAAAACUGAUUGCACAUCAAUGUUGUGAUCAAUUGACAGCUAUCAAAACAAGGUAUCUGCUGACCAGUAGCACCUGACCGUGUCGCGGGCUCAGGUGUCGACCCAUCGAGGUCGAGUGAUGUUUUAAGUUAUCCGCCAACAAGUUACUAGUUUUCAAAUGGUCGCUGUAAAUUCAUAUGAAAUAUGUUGUUUUUAUGUCACUAUGGCCCCGUACUGUUAAGAUUUUGAUUUCAAUCUAACCUCGGACGCAAAAAUUCAGCCAGUUAUUUAGAAAUACAGGCGGGAAAGACUUUUUCUUACCAAGGUCACGCGUUGGUCACGCUCUACGUCCAAUUUUUAUGCUCUGAUUGGUCAAAAUUUGGCAGGUGAGUUCAUACGGAAAAUUUAUGAAGCAUCUUGAAACUUGUUUACUUUGACAGCUGAAGCUGACAGUUUUGUGUCAACUUGUGAUGUUUUUGACUGUCUUUUUCCACUGGAUGUACAAAAUUAAAUACAGCUGCUAUCAAGAGUCCUCUGUUAUUCAUGUAAUAUAUCAAACAUGAGACGCAGUGUUUCAUCACCAGAUGAAACACCGAGAAGAGAGUUGAAAAUACGACGCGCAGCGGAGUAUUUUUGACGAACUUCGAGGUGUUUCAUCUGGUGAUGAAACACUGUGUCGAAUGUUUGAUAUUUCUUCUCAAACAAAAUCAUUUUUGAAGGAGAAAUUAAGGAUGCAAAUACUGAGCAGUUUUUCAUCCGAUUUCCAAACACUCAUUAAACAUUAAUUUUCUUUGUAUUUUCUUUAUGAAUUAUUAAUGAGUUUGAGAAGGCUAGUUUGUUUAUUGGUUUUGUGGUUGAGAGAUGCGUCGCUUGUCAAAGUCGGAAAUCCGAUUUCGGAUGGCAUCGUUUUCGUUUUUCACCUUGCUUGAUGCGUAAGAGGGUUCAAUAGUCUCAAGCUAUUCUGACCUUACUUGAUAGCUUUCCGGAGCUGCAUCUCGAAUGGUAAGCCUGAGUAAUUAUUUUUUUUUUAUGUUUGUUUUUUAUAUCUAAUUUUAUGAAGUCGAGCACCGUUUAUGCGGCAUGUUUAUGCACGUUUGUAAGAUUUGAGACAAUGAUCUGACCUAGUAUCAGGUUUGAUAUAAGCUUACAGAACUUUAAAAAGCCUUUAGAUAUAUUUUCUCACCGCAAAUAGAAAGAAAACGUUCCGAAGAAUAUUUAGUUAUAAAUUUGGCUGUAGAGAGAAAACUUUGAGCGACUUUCUUGCCUCGAGUCAUCUUUGAAAAAAAGCAAACACCAGGAGGCCAGCUUAAAAAAUAAACUUAAGCUGUAAGCUUUAAGACUCAGGAUUUUUAGAAACACUUUAAUGCUUGUCUUGGUGAAUGAAAAUUGUUGUCUCUGUAAAUGUUUCACCAAAUUAUGUUUCUUUUAUUAAUUGUUAGUAGUCUCCCCUGCAAUUUUAAUCGCUGUGCCGUUUGUUUUCAGUCGUUCAUGAACAUCUGUUGCUGGAGUACUCAAAAUGCCGCGCGUAUCAAACGCCUUUUAAGAUUACACAUCGUUAUAAAACCAUUAAAUAAAAAAAUAAACAUGAUAAAUUCUUUAUUAUGUUGAAGCGUAAUUCUAUUAAUGUUCACUGCAAAUUUGGCGCUCGUCAAAAGUGGGAACCGGCUGGCCGUAUAGGUAAUUUUGGAAAUUUUUUGAACGGUUUCACUAAUAGCCCACGAUUGAUCGUCCUGAAUAUUGACUGAGUGCAAUUUGUCUUGAAAAAUUGUGAAAUACUGCAUUCUGUCCGAGGUCUGUAUGAUAAAUUGUACUGUUUCACCUCAGAUGUGAUGUAUAAAAAGUAUAAAAGGUUGGUUUACGCACCCCCAGAUUUGUUGGCAAGAUUUUGUAAAGUAAACUUAUCGAAAGCAAAAAAUUCGGCCUGAUUUGUUUCCCAAGAAUUUGUUUUCCAGGCCUAAUCUACUGUGAUCAAGAGCCAUUAUGGCUCUUGAAUGUUUGGUGUACAUAUAAGGCUAUCAACUCGAUGUAAGAUGUUUCACUCUAAAAUCACUCAGCCUUUCCCUCAAAAGUUAGAUGAACGUCCCUUUAAGUUAACUGAUUUAUGGAUUACAAGUUUAUUGUUUGAUUUAAAUUAUAAAUUUAUUAAUGGGAGCUUCGCUUUUAGCCCUGGCUAAAUCUACAUAUUAAUCAUUAAUACCUUUCCGUCAUGGUUAUAUCUAGAAUUUUGUAGUUGAAUUCAAGAGUAAGCGAAACGAAGGCGAUAUGGCGCGUGGCACGAUAAAAAUAUCCCAUGCUGCCUGUCAGUAGUCCAAUAACGCGUGAACUACGUUAAUCGGAAGUCAUACAAUUUCCACUUGUUUAGUAACCUUGUUACCUAGCAACAAUUACCUUCAUCAAGGGUUUAAUCUCAACUUUUUUAUCUUCUACUUAUCUUAUGACACCAUUUACAUUUUGCUUGUAAUUUGGCAACCAACGAACACCGUGCUCUGAUGUUACAUGCGUAAAGAAAUCAACCAAAGAAUUGUAUACCGUUAAAUUCUUCGGCUUCAGGAUCCGAGCAGUACAUGCGUGAUGGUCUAUGUUGCCCAAAUAAUAUUUAACGCCUUACCCUCAGGCCCCUCAUCUCAUUAAAACUUAUGAUAAACGUAGAUUAACAUUGUAAAGAUAGAUUUCAUCUCUAACAUUAGUUUCAGGAGAUGUGCCCAUGGCCUCGCAGCAUAGAGUGAAAACAGGGGCGAAUCUAGGAUUUUUCUCAGGAGGGGGUGCACAACUACCAUUUUUACGGCAUUUAACAUAAAUUCUUCAACCUCGUCUCAUGUUUUACUUCCAACACCAAUAAACCACAAAGUUGAAUUGAAAAGCCGCAGGUCAUCUCAGGGGAGGAAAUGCGUACCCCUGUCUCCUGCAUCGUCCCCCCGCUCCCCCCCGUGAUACGCCCCUGGAAAGUUAUUGUGUCGAAGCUCAUACGGAAUUACCUCUUCUUUUUAACAGAUGUGUUGCAAAUGGACAAGCUUAGUAUUGUUCCUGAACCGAGUCUUAAAUCCGCACAUGAGGGAGAAUCCGUUGAAGACCCUAACGACGACAUUUCCAUGGAUCCAGGUGAACUGCGUAUGGCAACGGCGCGUGGAGUGACAGACAUUCGUACAGCAACCAUGAUGUUUGAAGCUGAGCACGAGGAAUGCAUUCGUGUGUUGCCAUAUACAAAGGAUAGUCAGAUUGUGGUUCAGUUUUAUGUCUAUAGUGGGGAGUCUGGUAUUCCAAAAGAUUUAAAGGAAGAAGCCCAAACGUUUUUCGAAGAUAUGCAUGUGAAGCUGGAAUGGUUCGAUCUGUAUAACGACAGCGUGAACAUACUGAAUGUUCAACCACUCAAGUAUCCAUUUGGCAAACCCACACCAUUGACCGCUUCUCAGGUUGACGAAAUGAAUGAAGUGAUUGAAAACAAGCUUCCUGAACUUUCUAAGCAUCGCAAUGUUACCUCUGUGCAGGCCUCUUUCAAAAUCACAGAUUCCACGCAAACAGAUAAGCCAUGUAUUACGAUUUAUGUGCUCGGUAAAGGCUGUAUUCCAUUUGGUGAGCUUGCGUUUCCAAAUGCAUUUGAGGGUUACCCCGUGGAUGUUGUGAAUGGAUUCUGGAUAAGAGCAGGUAAACCAUACUGGAAACCAACAGAGGCACAAGAGCAAAGUGAUGUGCUUUGUUUAGGAGCAAGCGUUGGCGUACAAGGAAAGAAAUCAUCUGGGUCACUAGGUGCUAUUGUGAAAGACGGUAGCAAUUAUUAUGCUUUGUCCUGUGAUCAUGUAAUGAACUCAGAAGAGUCAAAGUGUAUUAUUCAUCCUGGACUCAAUGACCACCUAAACUAUCUGAAAUAUUAUCUAGCACAAUAUAAACGUUGUCUAGAUGAUGUAACCGGCUUGGAAAUAGAGUGUUCAGUUGAAACCCUUUCAUCGAGUGAGGCACUACGAAAUAAAUUCGAAGAGCUAAAGCUCAUAAAAAAUAAUCACCCCAAAAGAAGCACAUACACCAGGACGGAUCUGGCAAGAAUUGAAAAGCUUGAGAAAGCUUUUGAAGAAGGGAACAAGCCGCCAAGAAAAAUAGGAGAGUACUUCGUUGGUGUCAAUAAAAAUGUUUUCUGGCCCCAGACUAAUGGCAAAGAAUACUUCAUCGAUGCUGCCAUUGCAAAGUUGCCUGACGAAGAAGUAACACGUUUAAAACAAAGCCGGACAGCUAGGUUGAUUGAAAGUGAUAUGAAAAUAAGAGGUGAAUGCGAACCCGAAAAUAUACCGGCCAUAUUAGAGACCAAUAAACUUUGCAAGAGUGGCCGAACAACGGGAUAUACGGAAAUCCGCAACAAAAUUGUUGGACCUGGCGUCGCGGCUCCGCAUUUUAUGAAGCCUCCAUUGUACGAGCUACAUGAUCCAUUUGUCAGUUGUGAAGCGAAAACGUUCUUUUGUGAAAGUUGUGGAGAAAGUCAACGCUUUGUCGCUGAAAGUGAACAACGUCGCUCCUGUGAAGAGUGCGGCCCAGGCAAAGCCGGUGUGUACGAUAAGUUUUGGUUAAAAAGGUGCUUGUGCAUCCAAGAAGGAGAAGAAGGAUUUGCAAAGAGUGGAGAUUCUGGAUCUGUGAUCUUCGUUAAGGUAAAGAAAGACGACCUCGAAAAGAAAGCAGAAUGCGACCCCAAAAAGAAAGCAGAAUACGUCCUCGACGGUGUUGGCCUUCUUUUCGGUAUACAAAAUCAUCAAUAUUAUCGUUAUAUUUUUGCAUCACCUUUAAAAAUUGCUCUAGCUGCUUUGACCGAGGAACACCGAGAUAUUUGCAGUUUAGUACUGGUUGCAAGUUACCAAUGAGUGGCGCACCAUUUUGAGUGCCAUGCGUACAGCGAUUGUUUAUUCAAAAUUCUCUGAAAUAUUAUGUCAAAACGUGUGAUUUAUUUGAGAGAAGGUAUCGUAGGACCAGCUGCGGUUCUUCAGCCAAACAAUAUUAACAUUUUUCGUCUGUGAGGGACUGGUCAAAAAGUAUAGGGGGCGUGGGCCGGAGCAUUUGGAAAUGUGGUUGAUAAAAAACACACGACCCACCCCCUCCCUUCGGCACAAAAAUGACUGACCCACCCCUAAAGCAAGGUUGGAAAUUGCAUGACCCACCCCCUAGUUAAAACAUGGAUGUUUGGUUUCC